CAAAAGCAGAAGUACGAUGUGAACAGACCCACGCCCACAUUUCAGGUUUUAAAGAUGAAGAAACAAUUCAAACAGCCGGUCGUCACUUUUAAUAAUCCUGCUGUCUACGCCUCCCCAGACGGACUUCAGGAGGAGGACAUCUACAUGAACACAGAAAGUGCGUGUACCGUGGACGAAAUGCCACGAGACACGACUGAAGGUGAAGAUAUCGACGAAAUACAAACUCCCUCCAUCACCUGGUCUUCUCCACCGGUGACGGUGGCGGUUUGUUGGGGGAUUCUGUUGGUGAUCAUGGCUCUGCGUAUCCACUUUACCUCUGUCAUUUCCACCGAGCUGAGCACUUCAAAGGAAGUUCAUCAACACCUCAUGUUAACCAACAAGGACUUCACUCAGGUGAAGAAGGAAAACCAGCAGGUGAAGGAGGAAAACCAGCAGGUGAAGGAGGAAAACCAGCAGGUGAAGGAGGAAAUCCAGCAGGUGAAGAAGGAAAACCAGCAGGUGAAGGAGGAAAACCAGCAGGUGAAGGAGGAAAACCAGCAGGUGAAGGAAGAAAACCAGCAGGUGAAGAAGGAAAACCAGCAGGUGAAGGAGGAAAACCAGCAGGUGAAGGAGGAAAACCAGCAGGUGAAGGAGGAAAACCAGCAGGUGAAGGAGGAAAACCAGCAGGUGAAGGUGGAAAACCAGCAGCUGAAGGUGGAAAACCAACAGCUGAAGGUGGAAAACCAGCAGCUGAAGGUGGAAAACCAGCAGGUGAAGGUGGAAAACCAGCAGGUGAAGGUGGAAAUCCAGCAGAUGAAUACUACUACACCAAACCAGACGAUGUUUUGGUCUUAGAGUACUCAGACCUGUAGUGCUCAGUUAAAAACCUUGAACACAGUUUAGGUUCUUUUUUUUUUUAACGCAACAUUGCGUAUAAAUCAAUAUUUUGGACAUUUUAGCGCCCCCUAGCUUCAGAGUGUGAUCCAGUUGAACCAAAAUCAGUGAAAUAGCUGGUGGUGUGUGAUGUUCUUCUCCUGACCCGGAGCCACGGUUACACAGUGUGCAGUGUGUACGUAGUAAACUGGACAUUUUCCAACCUGGACGUGAUGGGACGUGUUUCAUUUCUCUGUUGGGUCCUUUUCCACAAUGUUAUCAGAACUUCACUCUCCAUCAAUACUGGACCACAAUCCAAAAACAUGAGGGUGUAGGGUCCACGUCAGUUCUGACAGAGAGAGAGAACAAUGCUCACGUUCAGGUUCUGCAGCAGCAUCAUGUUUAAGUUGUAUGAUAGUUGAGUUAUGUGUGAAGACCCGCCCUACCCUGCCCGUGAUUGGCUGACAUUCUUGACCUGGUCUCAGUCCUCAUGCCUAAACCCAACCAAGUCGAACCCAGAACGCGGCUUUGGGUCCAGACCCGGACCGCGGCCCGCCUAUUAGUGACCUGUGGUCUAAGUAGAAGAAUACUCAAGUUACUCUUCUAAGUCUCAUUAAUUUAUCUGACUGUUUGUUUCUUAAAUAAAAGCUAUGGCGCUGUAGAUAAAGUCACUUCACUGUGCUGUGUUCUCACAUAUGAACUCAUAUCUUAACAUGUUAACUUCUUGUAGUUCACUUCAUGUUCACAGAGUUCGCUUGUAAAAUGUUUGCUUCAUUUUCUGGACAAAUUAAACCUGUUGUAAAAUCCA